AUGGAUGCAUGUUGUAAUACAACUUCCGAUCUGUUUCAUUUAUUUGAGAACUCAGAGAUUAAUAUUGAUAUUAUCGCCAUCGCUGUAGCUGAAUUGAACAACAAAAUUGUACAAUUACGAAAGGAAAUUAUUGCCUUUAAAAACGAAAAUGAAAUUUAUUUAACCGUAGCAAGUAAUUCACCAAGUCUGAUACCAUCGGAAUUUAACGAUUUGACGAAAAACGUGGGAAAACGAACGGAUGCACGGUACGAGCUGCAAAGAAAUUUUAAAGGAGACGAUUCGCCAGGCGGCACUGAUUUAUCCGCUCGUUUAUCAUUCACGAAACGUGCGCUGGAAGUAAAAGCGACGAACGAGGCGGUCGUAUUUAAAGAGGAUUAUCCGCGUGACGAUAAAUCAAUCGAAGAUGAUGAACGGCCAAAUAGAUCGCGCGUGUCUGAAGCGACGGGAAUGUAUCGAAAGUCCAUUUCGGACGCAGAAAAAUUUGGAAAAGAAAUCAAUGGGAGAUCGAGAAAUAUAAGAGAUAUCGGAGAUAUAAGAAUUUCAUGCGUUGCCGAUGAAAAAUUAAAGAGAGCCAACGAGCAUCAAAAUGACAUCGUCAAUAAUAUGUAUUGCGACUAUGAUACUCCGAAUGUUACUGUAUCAAAAAUUAAAAGGAAAAGGAUCUCCAGAGGCGUACAAUACUCCUCGAUCGGAUGUCAAAAUCACACCAAGAAAUUUCUUCUGAACUGUUUCGAAUCGAAAUCGAAUGCGAAGAAAUAUAAUUUGACGCAAAAACUGGAGAGGAAAGAAGCUCCAUCGAAUAAAAAGAAAUUUUAUAUCGGAUCACGAAACCAAGCGAACGAAUCGUUAGAUGCGACAGCAAUUCGCAAGGAAUCUCGUAAUGUAAAAUUAAAUGAUACAGAUACGAAAAAGAAAAGGUUUGAAAAUGGUAUGAAGAAAAUAGGAAAAAUUAUUUGUGGACGUGGAAUGAAUCAUAAAAUAUUGUUCGUACGAUCACAAAACGCAGAUGACAAGAAUAAUAAGAAUCGAAAAAACUAUAACAAUCCGAAAAUAAAUCCUCUUGAAAAAUUGUGGCCGAGUAAAGCUUUAAUACGUAAUAACGAUAAUCCAAAAGCACAGCAAUACAGAUCGUCACGUAAUUUCAAUAUCACCGAUGAUGAUUCUGAAAAUAAUAAAAAAGAAACUGAUGAAUGCAAUUACGAAAAUAAUUUAAUGAAUGAUGUUCGUAAACGCGAGCAUGAACGAAAUGUAAAUAUUUUUGAUCGUAAAAUAAAUUUGAAACGGAAAAAAAUAAUUAUAAAUUUUGAAAGAGAAAGCAUCGCGAAUAAAAUGAAAGAAAAAUUAGAUUCGUGCAUCGUUGAAUUAAAUGGAAUUAUCGGUGAUGCCUGUGUAAUAUUUGGUAGCGGGGAAAAAGCGCAGCUGAACAGCUGAUGAACAGC